UCCCAUUGAGGAUAAUGCAGUGAAAACGCUCGUAACCAGACAGGAUGUUAUCCAGCGACAACAAUGACACGGUUAUUCGCCUCCACAUCAGAACCACGCUUACCGCUCAAGGGUACAACGUGACCAACGGCCUGGUCAAUCAGGUUCUGAAGAUUUUCAAAAAAAACGGACAAAUGGACCCGAACAACACGAUCUACCUGAACGAGACUGAGGAUUGUGGCGGCCGUUUGAAGGUGUUCGCCACCUCGUAUGCUUCCGAGUACCAUUUCUACUGUUCGGUGAUCAUUUGCGUGUUGGGAAUAGUGGCCAAUUGUCUGAACAUCAUAGUGCUGACUAGGAAGGAGAUGGCAGCGGUACCAAUAAACCGAAUACUGACUGCGCUAGCAUGGGCCGACAUGUUGCUGAUGGUCGAAUACAUUCCAUUCACGAUCUACGAUAAGGUGGAUUCCGAAGAAAAGGCUCUGUCUUAUCGAGGGGCCGUUUAUGUGCUGUUUCACAUCCACGUCACUCAAUUUCUUCAUACCACUUCCAUUUGCUUGACGUUAACGUUGGCGAUUUGGAGGUUUCUAGCUAUCAGAUUCCGCGAAAAGAACCACGUUCUAUGCUCACCCUUGCGUUGCACUGUGGGCAUUGCAGCCAGCUACGUUCUACCAUUCCUUCUAUGUCUGCCUCAAUACGCCACAUUCAAAAUCGAAAGCAUCAAGAUCAAAGAACUGGGAGUGAUUUACACGCUGUAUCGCGUCGGUUUGAGCGACAUUGUCGAGAAUUACAAACCCCUACUGAAAGUGAACUUCUGGACUUAUUCCAUAUUCCUCAAGCUGCUCCCUUGCGUGAUCCUGAUCGUGAUCAGCCUGUGGCUGAUCCGCACGUUGUUCAAAGCGAAACGAGGCCGACGAGUGCUGAAGAGCUACGAUAGCAACUUGCUGAUGGCCAACGAACAGAACGCAAAGAAACAGAGCAAAUACGAAAAACGCGCCGAUAGAACAACGAAAAUGCUGGUGGCGAUUUUGUUCCUGUUUCUUCUCACCGAAUUGCCGCAAGGGCUGUUCGCUCUGGUGAUUGCGCUGAAGGGAAAGGAGCUGUUUUUAACGUGCUAUCAGCACUAUGGGGAAAUUAUGGACAUUUGCGCCAUUCUGAAUGGCUCCAUCAAUUUCAUUCUCUACUGCUGCAUGAAUCGCAUGUUCCGCAUCACCUUUGGGCAACUGUUUAGGAGCAAGAUCCUCAAACGGUGGACGCAACCCACAAAUUCAGACACUUUUACUGU